AUGGUGUCCGCAUUGCCGGACUGCAGUGCUUCGUGGAGGCCGUCAGCCCCGACCGUCAAAAUUCCCCCUACCAGAGAAGUUCAGACACGCCUCAGACCUCCUCAUGAGACGAGCGAGCAACUAAAUGCACCCCCCGCCACCCAGCAACAGACAACAGGGCUUGUGUUAAUGUCUCCCAGUGGCGGCCAGCUGCGUUGGGUGCGAGACAACAACGCCGUCCAAGACGGAUUCUUCAGCGAGGUUUGCGAGAGGCUCACAUUCAAUGAGGCGCUCGCCGCUGGCUGCCACAGCCCCGAUACAGCCGCAUGCGUAACACAGAGACUCCCGACCUUGCAGCACGGUGGAAAACCGUGCACGCGUGUGGUAGAACCAAAUGCACAACCUCACGAAAAAGAUGAGUUGGCUCCUUGGUUGUCAACUAAUAAUAACACAGAAAGGUCUCAAACUCUACGUGGCAGUUUGUUGAUUGCUGGAGUGGGGGUCCCCUUCUUCUUGUCUGGAGUGGCUCGUCAGGCCGCUGACAGCCGGCCAGAAGCUUUGUGGGGGGAAGAAACUGUGAGCACGACGGAAGGAACGGAUGUCUGUGUCACUGUAGCAUCUGAACUGCCGCCUUCCCAGUGUACUCGUCCUUUUUCCGACUCCGGAAUCGCGGCUUCCUCUGAAGGGACCCCAAUAAAUAGAGAUCCGGAUCUCCAACGAUUGCAGAGCCGAUACGACUCCCUCCUGCGUAAUCCUGAGAUGUUCGGACUCCAGGUUCGCUUCCUUCACUCCGUUAUCCAAGAAGCUCAGCAUGCAAACAGUAAGUGCAGCUAUUUGAAGGAGGUAGCGGAGCUGCAAGAGAGGAUUAGAACGCCAGGAACAAGCGCAUGUUUAGAGGUGCACCCCGUCGUUUACGCAGCGUUCUGUGUGUACUCCCCCAGUCACAUUCUAGUAGCAGUUGCUAAACGUGUAGGGGCUGCAGAGCACUUCCUCCGUCAGUACAGGGCUGCGAAAACUCUCAGAAGACCUAGAAGGCAAGCGGGCGUCGCCUGCAGCGCUAACGGUCGAGUCAGAGGCAGCGAGCAGUGGCUUCAGGACGCCUCGCUCCAGAACAUUUGUGUGUAUCCCCUCGAAGCCCUUGCUCCUAAGCUGCGCCUUUUCCAUUCAUCGGCACCACUGCGGUUGGCCGUUUGGGAAGAAAUUCUUGUGAAGGCACUCGCGCACUAA